AUGGUCAUCAAGUUGAGUCCAAUGGUCACUAGGUUAGAUCAGAAGGUCACUAGGUCAGACCAAGAAGUUACUUGUUUGAGCUUAGUCAUUGUUUCCUUGGAAAUUCAGGGAGGGCUGCUCUCUGGCGCGGAGAGGGUUUAUUCUGGUCUACCUCUAGGUCCUUUCAUGGAGGACUGCUCUCUGGCGAGAGUAGCUGUUAUGCAGCUCGCACAUGAGUUUUUCUGCACCUUCAUAUAUGAUUUGAGUUUCCUUGUUGAUGUGCUUUCAUAA